CGGCUUUCCCUUUCGCAGGUCUCCCCUCGCGCUGCAACAAGUUGCUAGCGAGCUGUUGUGCGGACGGAUCAGUUAGGAUUUUCAGAGUCAAUCUGGGUGUGUUUGGAAACAAAGAAUGGAGUCCCGUGCAAUAAGUGUGAACCAUCACCUCAUGCAACGGACAGCAACACUGGCUCGGGAGGUACUGGAGCGGGCGAAAAAACGGAAAGUGAUCUGGCCAGGGCCUGCGGGACUCCAGAGGAGGACUCUUCAGGAAGGUGAUGAUGAAGAUGUGUAUCUCAAUGCUGCGUUUGCUUCAGUUGCUGAACACAUGGGCCAUAUAUCAGAAGAAUGUAAGAAAUACUAUUGCUGUGCGCCACCAUUUCAGUUCACAGAUAAUGAAGUUGCGCAUGUUUUCAGAUACCAUGGCCAACUAGCAUCUGAAAGCUUGCUAAAAGCAUUUGAAGAUGAAGAAAAUAAAAUGUGCCCAAUUGUGGAAGAACCUGGGUGUUCUGAUACAGAUGCAUUAAUUCCAACAAAGACCUCGGAACAAAAGGAUAUCUACAUUGAAGUUUCCCCUGGCACCUACACUAUCUCAGCAUCCUCAGGUGAAGAUCAAGUCAAACAAACACAUGUGGUAGAGAUUCAGCCAGGACAAAGUGUACAUUUGUCCUUUGAUUUAUGAUCCAUCUUUUUUUCCUUCAUUUCUAAACAACGCACCAAACGAAAUGGAGGCUUUGGUGUCUUGUCGUUCAGAAGGUGACAUUUCUCCAGGUAUAUGCUAUGAGCACUUUACUGUUCUGUCUUCCAUAUUUGGGUCAAGUCUUUAGGCUUUUUAUCGUACCUG